UCUAGAUAUAUACACAUGUACCCUAAGUAAGUGGAGUUGUUAACGGUUUCCCAGUGUAAGCUUUAUCAGGAGGAUUUUCGCUCUGUUGCAUUGGUGUAACAAUGGUGCACUACACCUUGACACACGCGUCACCAGGGAGAUUUGAGUUUGAUAUCGCCAGCCCAGCGUCCGCUUACCGCGAUCGUACAGGUCACCUGUCAAUUUGGGGAGUCAGUAAAAUCCUUCAGGACGCAGGCACAAUAUGCGGCCUUCAUGAUUUUAUACCGUUAUCGCAGAAUUUGGUCAGAGACAAUAUUCGGCUCUUCCUCAUCAGCGAAAAAUGUGUGAUGUCUCCAACAUUUCAUACUAAGUUCUCAUGGGCUGAGAAACUACAACAAUAUCACGUGACUUUCACCGUGUCGUCUGUAACACCAGGCACCGUAGGUGUCAGACGGGAAUUUUCCGACCCAGACACGGGAAGCUGGUAUUUGAAAUCAGAAAACAAACUUGUCGCUGUAAAUUGGGAGACUCGGCGGUCUGUAAAAUUACCGAAAACGUAUUAUGAGAGUUCAAGUAAGCUUGUUGACCAUGAACAAGCGUCAAUGAUGACCAGAAAACAAGAUGCUCUCAUCCCUCCUGUUACAUCUUUCAGAACAACUACCCAAACGCGUUACAGUGACCUAGAUUUUAACUACCACCUGAACGCCGCGGAGUACUACCGGUUCUGUUCCGAUGCUGCAUCCGAAGCUUCUCUCUCCGGAUACUACCGGCAUUUUACGUCCGACAUCGUCAAAUACCCACUGAUGCAGACUGAAGUGACGUUCCUGGGCGAGUGUGGACCGGGUAAACAACUCACCGUCUAUACCUGGCAGGACGAAAACGACGUUACCAAGUUGUACUUUGCAAUUUAUUUGAAGGAGGUCAGAAUAUUCCAGGCUUGUUUUAUUUUCGAUUGUAAUUUGUCAAAGAAUAGAGUCAUGGCAAGUCUAUGAAAACUGGUCCAGAUAUUUAAAUUUCAAUCAGUUUCUUACAGCAUGUUACAUGUAGAAAAAAAUGCAGUUUUGUACCGAUGCUUUGUAUUUCCGGUGAUUAAACCUUGAUGCGUGUGACUGCACGUAGGGUGAAAUAUAUGCCAUACUGGCUCUGUCUGCUGAAAGACAGAAAGUUCCAACAAGAUGAAUGUAAAUAUUUUACAACCAGUAUUCAUGAAUUUAAAGCUUUUACAAUUUUGCAUUAGGCUAAUAAUGGAAAAGUACUAUUUUCAGAGUGCAAAUAUAGUAAUGAAUAAAUAGGAUUCUUUUAAAUGGAUAUAAGCUUACAAUAGCAUGGUAUAUGUAUUGUACAUUUAUUUUUUAAAAUCAUAAUAAAAAUUGAACAACAAAGUUUCUUUGCAAUGACAUUUUAUUUGAUUACGUAAAGUACUGACUCACACAGAGACGUGUUUGUACGUGACGCUCCCAUUGCCUGACUUGCCAAGCACGUGACUGACGGCCAACAGUAGGAAUCCCUACGUCAACGUAUAAGACUUAUCUUACCAAGUACGUAUUUAACGUUAAUGUGUACAGGUUGUUAAAAUCUGUAACGAUAUGUCAACAGACGGAUUAUUUUCAUGUAAGUUUUAGUUGUUUUUUAGUUGUUCUCCUUUAUAAGCUU